AUGCCUGCGCACUGCACAGUCAAUGGUUACGUCGGCUCACCUGAGGUGCCAGGAACGGAUGGUGCCGGGGAUGAGAGAGAUUGCUGUGCCAAGCAUCUAGAGAGCUCUGGUGCUCUCAUCUUGCUAGGAAUCCCCGGGUUGGAGUCCUUACACGUCUGGAUCUCUAUCCUGUUCUUCAUAAUCUUCUUCAUCGCCGUUGUGGGAAAUUACUCUGUCCUUCUGAUCAUUGUCACGGAUGUGAGCCUCCAUCAGCCCAUGUAUCUCUUUUUCACCAUGUUGGCCUUCGUUGACUUAGUGCUGGCCAACACCACCAUGCCCAAGCUCCUCGGCAUCUUCUGGUGCCACUCCAAUGACAUUGACUUCCACACCUGCCUGCUCCAGAUGUUCUUCGUCCAUGCGUUUUCCACCAUUGAAUCUGGAAUCUUCGUGGCCAUGGCUUUUGACAGAUACGUUGCAAUCUGCUAUCCUCUCAGAUAUGUGAUCGUCUUAUCACCAGGGGUGAUCGUUAAGAGCGGAGUCCUGGCGGUGAUAAGCGGGGUGGCAUAUAUCCUGCCCCUGUCGCUCUUGGCUUUGAGGUUCUAUGAGUACAGAAGCUGGGAGAACGGGCUCUUUAAUGGUCCUUCGUGGUUUGCGCGGGGGACGCAGAUUCCCGGCGGUUUCGCAGCAAACCUCAUAAAUAGCAGCGUGCGUUCUGCCGAGGACAUUCGGCUGCGAGGAACCUCCGGCCCUCAGAUGGAUGCAAGUGAUCUCAGCAUGGUCCCUGGGGCGCCCUAA